UACGACGUGCACUAUGAUGACCGGUACUCUCGCAUACUCCUCGAGGACCCCGAGCAGCGAGAGGCCAUCAAGGUCUUGGUACAGACGUAUCUAGCAACGUUCAGAGACUUGGGCGUUCAGACAUGGCUCAUGCAUGGAACAUUGCUCGGGUGGUGGUGGGGGAAGAAGGUCAUGCCGUGGGACUAUGAUGCAGACGUCCAAGUAACAGAAGCAGACAUGUACUUCCUGGCGGCCUACCACAACAUGACUAUAUACUACUACAAGUAUGGCGAUAUGGAGAAAGGCCGUUUCUUCCAGCUCGAAGUCAACCCAUACUUCGUUCACCGAGAACAGGAUGACAAGUCCAACGUUAUCGACGCUCGAUGGAUCGACAUGCAGAACGGGCUCUACAUCGACAUUACUGCGGCAAGAUAUGCCUUGGAUCAUCCGGAGGGAGAAGGCGUCUUGUAUGACAAGUUCGGCCACGAAUACCGUGAUACCUACGUCUUCCCCUUGCGAGACACGACAUUUGAGGGAGUGCCUUGCAAGAUUCCCUAUCGUUACGAGGACAUGCUGCAAGCAGAAUACGGGAGGAGUUCGUUGACGAAUACAGAAUACCAUGGGUACGUCUCUGUAUAA